AUGAGGACAAGGAAGCUCCUGUACCCACUAGAAAAGGUCUGGUUGGACAAGCACCAGUAUGAUGAAGCGGAGAGGCUCCACUAUGAAAGAGAAGCCACGUUGGCAGCCUCAGCCACUGAAAAGUGCCAAGAGGUGGAGGCAAUGAACAGUGUUUGCCACGAUGAUCCUGUCAAGGGCGAAUUGAAAGACAUGAAAAGAAUGAGAAAUGGGAAGAAGCAAAAGAAAAGGAAACGCUCUCCAAAAACCAAGAGUUUGGUCUCCAAGGUAGAUUUCGUCCUGACUGGUUUAUUAGCUGAUGGCGUGUGGUUUGACAAACCUUUCUUUGAUCAUGCUGAAAACAUGUUCAGAAAGAAACUUGCAGAUGACCUGACCCAGAAAGCCCCUGAGACUGAACUGGCUGCUGAGCAGCCAGCAUUAGUGUCCUGGUCAGAAGAAGCUGUCCCAGGUGUUCAUAAGCCAAGGAAGAACCAAGCAGCCUUGCACUGCACCCAUGCCAGUCUGAUUGCUUGUCACCAUGUCAUCCAGGAUGUCUGGGUCAACAAGUUCAACUUUGAUGAGGCAGAGAAGGUGUUUGUAGAAAGGUCUCAAUCUUUUGUUCAUCCACACUUUCUAGAUCUUCCAUCGGUACGAGGGAACAGUGACUAUGGUGAUGUUGAUCAGAGAACUCCAGAUGAAGGGUAUAUAACAGCUCUGUCUACUCCUGCAACCCCUGAUACACCAUGCGUGUCAACAGAUCUGGUGGUUCGUUCUGGUGCCUCUUUUGUUACCAGUUUGCCCAGUCCUGCAUGCCAGACAAUAAAUGGCAAGCCUCAGAUAUUGAGCUUGCAGGCACUGAUUUCGGGAGUGUGGCUGGAGAAACCUAUUUAUGAUGAUGCUGAGAAAUGCUUCUACGAGAACAUGACUGAUGGGCAUCCUCCAGGGAAAGUGAGACCACAAGAGCGAAGCCGUCCAGAAGCCUUGAAGAGCAGCCGAAAGGACAAGAAGGGCCGCAGUCCCGGGAAACGAAUGAAUUCCCGACAUGUGGAGUUCACCACUAACCCUUCCUUUUCUAAAGAUUCUGAGCACCCUCCGCCUACCUGGUAUUUCCUGCACAAGGACAGUGAGCAUUUGUGGCUUAGUAAACCCACAUACGACAGCGCUGAAUCACGAUACUAUGCAUCUGAGGCCCUGAAAAUGUCAAGCAGACAAGAUAAUUCAAGGGUUCCAGAACUCUCACUAGCAAAACCAUCUCGACCUGCUUCUCAUGCCGCAAGCGUGCCCUCAUCAGAAACUAAAAAAAUGGCAGCUGAUUUCCUUAUGCAUGAGAAGAUCUGGUUUGAUAAAUUCAAGUAUGACGAUGCUGAGAAGAGAUACUAUGAACAGAUGAAUGGGCCAGUUGCCAGUCCUUCAUGCCAACAGGAGAACGGAGCCAGCACGAUCCUACGCGACAUUGCCAGAGCCAGGGAGAAUAUCCAGAAAUCGCUGGCCGGAAGUGCAAGCACGACCUCUUCAGCUGGGCCUGGCGGUGACCAAAAUGAGCUUGUCACCAGAAUAGCUAACCUGGAGGUGGAGAACCAAAAUCUCCACAGUGUUGUUGCAGAUCUGCAGCUGGCCAUCUCCAAGCUGGAAACUCGCCUGAACACACUAGAAAAAUGCUCCACCUCUCACCAUCCCUCAGCAACGCCGCCAACCCAGCAUGUCACCCCAAUGAAGAAGGUGGAAUCACCUGCUGCUCCCCCAAAGAAAGUGGAACUCCCUUCUGCUCCACCUGCGAAGAAAGUAGGACCAUCUGAGGCUGACGACGAAGAUGAGGAUGACGACAUUGACCUAUUUGGCAGUGGGGACGAAGAGGAAGACCAGGAGGCUGCCAGAGUUCGGGAAGAGCGACUGCGCCAGUAUGCGGAGAAGAAGUCUAAAAAGCCUGGCCUCAUUGCCAAGUCUUCCAUCCUUCUGGAUGUCAAGCCUUGGGACGAUGAAACUGACAUGGCAAAGAUGGAGGAGUGCGUCCGGUCCAUUCAGAUGGAUGGCCUGGUUUGGGGAGCCUCCAAGUUGGUUCCGGUGGGCUAUGGUAUUAAGAAGCUCCAGAUCCAGUGUGUAGUGGAAGAUGACAAGGUUGGAACAGACAUACUGGAGGAGGAGAUCACUAAGUUUGAAGACUACGUGCAGAGUGUCGACAUAGCAGCUUUCAACAAGAUCUAAGAGCUAACGUUUAUCCUUUCUGGAACUGUAACUAAUAAAAGGUCAAGAUUUUGAGUGCA